CACUGCACCGUGGCAGCGUGGGAGCGCCUGCCCCGGCGGCACCACAUAUCUCACGCCUGAGUUUCUCUGGGUGGGUCUAAGCGCAUGGGUAAGGGUUGGAGAUAAAAGACUCCGCAUUUGGCCCCUAGCCCAGUGUCAGCCUGGUGCUCCUGGCUGUAGACACAGAGGCCGAGGCGCUUUGCAGAAGUGCUUUGCGGGGUGGGCACGAGGCCGGGCCGGCGCCCGGGGUCCCGGCCGGCGGCGCUGAGGGCAGGCGGAUCUCGGCUCGCCAGCGGCAUCCCCCAAACCUGUCGGAGCGCGAGCGGCGGGGGGGGGGCGGGGAGCCUGCCGGCGGCGUUAACCACACCCCGAAGGGACAGUCACCAGGGGGCGCGUGGAGAGACGCGGCAAGUGCCAGGAGCCGCUCUCGGCGCGGAGGGAAUAACACGGAGCCGGCAGCGCGCAGGGUGCCGCCGCCGGGUGCGGGAGAGCGGGAGCCGGGAGCUGGGAGCUGCCACAUCCCGGCGCCGCCUCGGCCCGCAGCCGGGCUCCCCCGGCACCGCCAUGGGCUCCCCGCACACCCCGUCGCUGGCCCACGUCUUCAGAGGGACCUUCGUGCACUCCAGCUGCGCCUCGCCCGCCGACAUCCUGCACGGCCGCCUGCUCGGGGUGGACGACACCGGGAAAAUUGCGUUUUUGGAACAAACUGACCAGCAAGAGCAACUGGCUAAGAAAUGGGGCUUCAGAGCAUCUGAUAUAAGAGAACUUAGUAAUCAUGAAUUCUUCAUGCCAGGAUUGGUUGAUGCACAUAUCCAUGCACCUCAAUAUUCAUUUACUGGUACAAGAGUAGAUCUACCUCUUUUGGAGUGGUUAAAAACCUACACAUUCCCAACAGAAGCCAAAUUCAAAGAUAAUGACUAUGCUGAAGAAGUGUACACAAGAGUUGUAAGAAGAACACUAAAAAAUGGCACGACUACAGCAUGUUACUUUGGAACAAUUCACACAGAUGCUUCCCUGCUUCUGGCUGAAAUUGUAGAUAAAUUUGGUCAGCGAGCAUAUGUUGGCAAAGUUUGCAUGGAUAUUAAUAACGCUGUUCCAGAAUACAAGGAAACCACUGAUGAUUCUGUCAAGGACACAGAAAGGUUUGUUAAAGAACUUCUUGAAAAGAAAUAUCCAAGGGUACAUCCCAUAGUGACACCUCGUUUUGGACCUUCCUGCACUGAAGAGUUGCUGUGUUCACUUGGUAACUUAGCGGAAGCUCACGAUAUCUAUGUGCAGAGUCACAUCAGUGAGACAGAAGGAGAAAUGAAACUUGUGGAGGAAAUGUUUCCUACUUAUAAAAAUUACACUGAUUUAUAUGACAAAAACAAGCUACUUACAAGCAAGACAGUGAUGGCCCACGGCUGUUAUCUCUCAGAAGAAGAGCUGGACAUUUUUAAUCUUCGAGGAGCUUCAAUUGCCCAUUGCCCCAACUCCAAUUUUUUGUUGUGUAGUGGCAAUUUAAAUGUGCAAAAAGUUCUGAAACACAAAGUGAAACUGGGCUUGGGCACAGAUGUUGCUGGUGGGUAUUCAGCUUCCAUGCUGGAUGCUAUAAGGAAAACAAUGAUUAUGUCUAAUGGCCUUAAAAUAAAUAAAAUCAAUGAGGAAGGCCUAACAAUUAAAGAAGUUUUCCGACUAGCAACUCUUGGAGGAAGCCAAGCUCUAGGACUAGAUAAUAUAAUCGGAAACUUUGAGGUCGGAAAAGAAUUUGAUGCACUGCUGGUCAACUCCAAGGCGUCAGACAGCCCCUUUGAUUUGUUUGCUGCUGAUACUUUUGAGGAUAGCUUCCAGAAGUUCCUGUAUCUAGGUGAUGAUCGGAAUAUUUCUGAAGUGUAUGUGGCUGGCAAGCAAGUGGUUCCUUUUUCGAGUUCAGUAUAAUUCUGUUUCCCUUCUGCAAAACUGUCUGCUGACCAUUCUACAUCUGAAUCUGAAAGGACUGGUUAAACACAGUGCCUCAUUGUCAAGAAUGACACCUAACAUUUUUGUUUAAUGUUGUUACUGUGUAGAAUAUUAUAAAUAUCAUUAGAUCUAUUAAGAUUAAAGUUACCAAAAUUAUCACAUUUGUAAGAAAAACAUUGCAUUUGAAUCCAACUCCAUAAAUCACAUCGGGGGGGGACUAGAAAAAACAGGGUAACUAUUAUUCAUUAUUUCAUAAGCAUCAGGCAGUCAUCAAGAAAAUGUAGGAAGAGUUAAUAGCAAUGAUGCAAGAGCAACUUGUCUCUGAGGAAUCGUAAGCAAAACACCCCCAAAAAACUGUAAAUCCAUUUUUAAAAAGAUGAAUGUCACACUAGAGUGCAGGUUCCUCAUUAUUGUGAUUAGAUGUGGGAAUCUCAAUGACAUUUUUAUAUUUAUACAUUUGGAAUAUAUUUUAAAGUUCUGGGGUGCUCAAAAAUUUUUAAAUAUUUUCCCUGUAUUUUAGAUAUUAUUUUUUUCCAAUAGAAAUGUAGCAAAAAACAUGCAUUUAUAAAUAAGUGGAAGCCUGAGCUAAGCAAAGAGAAAACAUUGGUGUUGAUAGUAAGCUGGCCCUACUUCUAGGACUGGCAGAAGCAUCAAACAAAAAAUAUGCAGCUCUUCACAGAGUUUGUAGACUGCCAGAACCAAAUGCAACUUAAACCUCAAAUGUUUUUAGUUAUAUUCUGAUUGGCUGAAUUCUCCUCUCAUGGUGGUUCUCAGCCUUUUUUGGACUCAAGGAACCCCUCCAUAACUUUUGUGAAUUGAGUGACAUCGACGUUCAAAAACUAAUUUAUGUAUUGCAGUAUUUGCCUCUUUACAGGGGGGUGGGAGGUGGCAGUGGGGGAUCAGCCAGGCAGGGGCAAGCUUGAGCCUGUGCUGCUUAUCUCUUCACUCCUUGCUUAUGUCCUCAUACCUCGUGGUACCCUUCAAAGCAUCUGGUGGCAUCUCAGGGUGCUACAACUCAUCAGUUGGAAGCAGACCCUACGAUGACAGGCUAAGAGCCCUGGGGCUCUUUAGCCUGAAAAAGCGCAGGCUCAGGGGUGAUCUGAUGGCCACCUAUAAGUUUAUCAGGGGUGACCACCAGCAUCUGG